GCUGUUGACUUUGCUUCCGUGUAGGAGCAAAGUUUCGCCGGGAAUAUGGCGGGGCUCAAGGGGUUACUCUUUGGGGGGAUACUUCUUGCACUAUGCGGCGGGCUUUCGGAAGGACAAAAGAAAAAAGAGAUGGUGCUGUCAGAGAAAGUUGGACAAUUAAUGGACUGGGCUAGCAAGAGACCUGUUAUCCGCAUGAAUGGUGAUAAAUUUAGACGUCUUAUCAAGUCUCCUCCAAGGAAUUAUUCUGUUGUAGUGAUGUUUACUGCUCUUCAGGCACACAGGCAAUGUGUGGUAUGCAAGCAGGCUGAUGAAGAGUACCAAAUACUUGCAAAUUCCUGGCGUUACUCAAGUGCUUUUACAAACAGGAUUUUCUUUGCCAUGGUAGAUUUUGAUGAAGGGUCAGAUGUCUUCCAAAUGCUAAAUAUGAAUUCUGCUCCAACGUUCAUUCAUUUCCCUCCAAAAGGGAAGCCCAAAAAAGGGGACACCUACGAGCUGCAGGUUCGGGGAUUUGCAGCAGAGCAACUCGCGCGUUGGGUUGCUGAUCGGACAGAUGUCAAUAUACGGGUCAUAAGGCCCCCAAAUUAUGCUGGUCCUUUGAUGCUGGGUUUGCUGUUAGCUGUGAUUGGUGGCCUUGUCUAUUUAAGAAGAAGCAAUCUUGACUUUCUGUGUAACAAAACUGGAUGGGGUUUGGCUGCCUUGUGUUUUGUCUUGGCAAUGACAUCGGGACAGAUGUGGAAUCAUAUCAGAGGACCCCCUUAUGCUCACAAGAAUCCACAUACUAACCAAGUGAACUACAUCCAUGGAAGCAGUCAAGCACAGUUUGUAGCAGAAACACACAUUGUCCUGUUAUUCAAUGGUGCUGUGACCUUGGGGAUGGUUCUUCUGCAUGAAGCUGCCACUUCAGACUUGGAUGUUGGAAAACGAAAAAUAAUGUGUAUCGCAGGCAUAAGCCUUGUGGUUAUCUUCUUCAGCUGGCUGCUAUCGGUCUUCAGAUCUAAAUACCAUGGCUAUCCAUACAGCUUUCUUAUGACAUAGAAAGAUCAUCCUCUAGUCAAGCACAUCAACUGAAGAUUCUAAAUUUCAUGCUUCACCUAAACCUUCGGCUGAUAGACUGCAUCACAUUAAGUUACACUAAGGCACGUGCCACCCCCUUUAGAAAAUGAUUUCACACUGUGUUGGUAACAACAGACCAAAGAAGAUAUGCAGUGCCUUAGUAAAGUCCAGCAAGGGUUUUUUUUUUUUUUGGUCAUAUUUUUUAUAUAUAUUUUUUUUCUCUUGUUUACAGUUUUCCUAAGUUUCUGCACCAUAAAGGCUACAUCAAGCCUUUUUAACAACUUCUUUUAACACUUUUUUUUCUACAGGAUGUAAUACACAUCUUUAGCAUAGAUGUGAAUUCACUUUUGACUGUGACAGUCAUAAUAGUGCAUAUUGAGAUUUUUUUUUUUUUUUUUUUUCAUUCUGUAUUACACAUCUCUGUGCCUGGCUACAACUGUGUUGUUCAUAAUAAUUUGGUAAAGGUACGGUGUAUUAUCUAGAAACUGAUUCAGACUUCUGCUUGACCUACACACUGAUUUACCUUCCCCUGUUACUUCCCUGGAAGUAACAAGCUAGGUAAUAAUAUUUUGCCUUCCCUGUAUACAGAUAUGCAUCUGUUAGGUUUUUCAUCAUAAGUGCAAAUGCAAAAUAAAAAGCACAAGAUAGCCAUAAAUGUACUCAGAACUGUGCAAUGAACAUUAUAUUUAUAUUUCAGUAGAAGAUGAUCUACUUUCCAUUUUUUUUAUUUUAAAUAAACAGUAUUUUACUUUGAAAGGUUA